AAUCUUGCAGGAAAAAACCGAUGAUUCCAUCAGAAAUCAUUGCUAGAAGCAUCACAGCUUGUGCGUUUUUGCCUUCCGGAAUAGCGGCAAUAACACCAGGCUCUUGUUUCUACGUGAUAAACAGACAUCGGCCUAGGCAAAUGUUGGAACAGAAAGUUGCUGAAAAUUGCCAGCUUCAGUUCCAGGAACCAUUCCGGAAAGUAAGAGCAGUGUUUUAAAAGUGAAGUGAAAAUGGACAAUCCAGUUCCUCCUGCAGCGGAAUCGGAAGGAUGUUCACCGAAUCCAGCCCCUCCACUUCCGGAAGCAGUAUUUCCGGCGCCUCCACCAAUGCCUGAACUAGAAGGGAAGUGUCCAUCUUCCGGAGAGCGGAGGAAACCCACCAUGGAAGAAUGUCCGUAUGCCAAGCGAAGAAAACUGACGGCAUUCUUCGAUGACGACGACGAUUUGGAGGAGGAGGAUGACGAUGAGGACGAUCAAAUGGCGGGGCAGGAGAGAGACGGAACCCGGGAAGUGUCGGAACGGCACGAGGAAUUGAAUGACCAGCUGAGACAGUUUCAGGUGUUGGAUGAAGUGCAGGGCGACAACUCCGAGGACGAGAAUGAUGAAGAUCAAUUCGACGGCGAUGGUGCGGAAAACAGCUCGGAAGGCUCUGGAGUUGACAUUGAAGAGCUGGAUAACUUGCUUGAGGAAAAUCUACCGGAAGGCAUGAAAUCGAGCGGUCCCAAAGCCAAAGCCUAUGAAGAACGAUUCAAAGAGGUGCUGGAAGAGAAAGGCCGAAACCAUUUCGAGGUUCUUCCGGAAGGCUGGGUUCAAGCGACGCACGUUAGUGGCAUGCCUUUGUUUUUGCACACCGCUAGUAGAGUUUGUACUGCAUCAAGACCGUACUUUUUGGGCCCAGGGAGUGUGAGGAAACAUGAAAUUCCUUUAAGUGCCAUACCAUGCUUGAAUUACAGAAAAGCUUUGGAAAAAGAAGACGAGCUUCGCAAAGAAAUUGAAGCAAACGCUGCAGCAGCCGAAGAGGCUCAAAAUAAUGCCAAUUCCAACGACAAAGAGAACCAAGAGACAGAAAAGCAGAUGCAUAAUCCUCAGCUGAGCAAAAUGAUUGCCAGUACGACAACGUUGGCCGAGGCCCAAGCCAAUGCAAAGAUGCUUCCCUUAAAAGUAACUGCCCGAAUCGAGACUGUAAAUGAAAACCUAAAAGCCCAGUCGCUAACGGCCGAUGUGUUCCAAGAGUACUGUAAAAAGCUGUUCAAAUUUAAAACCAUUCGUGUGAUGCGCUUUAAAUCGUGGGCUGCACGACGGAAGCUAACCAAGCACCGUAAACACAUGAAGAAUUUGCAGAGGCCUACGCUUCCCGAUGGGACCAAAUUGAUCACCUUCCCUGUGCUUCAUACCGAAGUCGAAAAAGGCACCACUCAUGUUCGGCCCAAAAAGGAAUGGAUCAUGAACCCGAAUGGAAAAAGCUAUGUCUGUAUUCUCCACGAGUACGUUCAGCAUGCUCUCCGGAAGCAGCCGAGCUACGAAUUCAAAGAACUUGAGAAUGCGGCCACGCCCUACUCGGCAACGGUUUCCAUCAACGAACUCAAGUACGGAACGGGGUAUGGUACGAGCAAAAAGCAGGCCAAAAGCGAAGCAGCCCGCGAAACGCUUGAAAUUCUAAUACCCGACAUGAAGGACAAAAUCACGAGCAAGGACGCCAAAAAGGACCAAAACGGAGCUGCCGAACAGCAACCGGAGGCUCGGAACCUGUCCGUAUUCGACGAGAUCAAAAUCGAAGAUCCCAGGGUGGCGGAAUUCUGCGCCAAGACGACUGAACCCUCGCCGCAUGCCAUUCUGCAAACGUGCCUGCAGAGGAAUUUUGGCCUCGGGGACGUUCAGAUCCAGUACGACGUGAAGGCGGGCAAGCACCGGAAGAACGAGUUUACGAUGACGGUUGGAAAGCACACGGCCACGGUGGUUUGCAAAAACAAACGCGAUGGCAAACAGCGAGCGUCGCAGGCUAUUUUACAGAUCCUACAUCCGCACAUCAAAACGUGGGGCUCGCUGCUUCGACUUUACGGCAACCAUUCGAUCAAGUCCUACAAGGAAAAGAAACAGGAGGAACAGGAAAUCACCGUUCUGCAGAGCAAGGCGGCCAUCAACCAACCAAACUAUGCCAUCCUACACAAGCUCAAGCUGGAAAUGUCCAAACUGGAGGAGCGGCAGAAAAAUGUUCGCGUCAUCGGAACUUUCGUCCCGGAUGUGGAUCUACCGUUGGCAUCCGGAUCCAAUCUGAAGAAUGUAGACUUGUAGGACGAGUGAACCAAAAGUAUUUCCGCACCUACAGAUUUUUUUUUCGAAUGGUUUUUGUACAUUAUGAUUUUUCAAAAUUUUAUAUUCGACUGAUCUUAGGUUUUAUCUGAGUUUCAUUGUUGGAAAUUGAUUCGACAAGCCCAUGAUGGUGGUUCUUUCAGUCUAGAUCGAAACGAAAUAAAGUGUCGUAUUAUGCAAAUCCGUUUUGAGUUUUCAUUAUUGUAGUAAUUGUCACGUUUAUCCAGUGUUACUUACAAUUUGAUGUCUUACAAAAUAGUAGCUGACGGCGUGAAUCGUACAAAACUAAUUACUGUUUUUUUUGCUAUCAAUUGUGAGAGUUUUUAUUAGCGCAUGAUUUUUCUUAUGGUGAACAUAAUUAUCUACCGUCAAACGGGGUGACUUGCAACACUUUUCAAC